UUCAACUCUCUUCUCUCUCUCUCUCUUUCUCUCUCUCUUUUUUUUUGGUCCAAUGUUCAAACCUACUUCUCAACAUUCAUUCUAUGUUCGAGCAUUAUAUAAACGUAUUCUAUCUGAAGCUGGUUAUUUUUUUGAUGAUAGAUCAAGAGCAUAUGUGGUCAAUCGUGCAAGAAAGUUUUUCAAAGAAUACAAGUCUUGUCAAGAUGAAUCAAGGAUCAAGAGCAAACUGACAGAAGCAAAAAAACGGUUACAUAGACUCGAAAGCGCCAAUAAAGGGAAUCAAAAAAGUGCACUGAAAGUUCUUGAAGCAGCAUAUGGUAGAACGGGUAAAGUAAAACAUAAAUUGAUGCAUAGUUAUCUUUAUGAACAUUUUCCAGCAGAUUUCAAAAAACCAGCACCAUUGAUACCACAUAUACCACAUACUGCACCACCUCCACCAUUAUGUUACCCAUUACAAGCCAUUGUCACCCAACAUUUGAAAAAACAACUAGAACCGCAACUACCAGUACCUCCUUUCAAACCGUUACAUCGAGGUCGUCAAGCCAAUCUAUUAUGGAAGUGGCGAUCCAUGCUUAUACAACAAAUGGAAAUCCCUUUACCUUUUGAAAUCAUAUGUGAAUUGGAAUUGAAAGCUGGCGCUUCUAUGACUCAUCCUUGUUAUUCUGGCAUGCUCAACAUGGGUGGUCCUCGCUGGAUCGAUAUGUAUGCUGGUCAUGAAAAUGAUCCUGAUCUUGCUCAUCUUUGUCCAAUACAACAACAAACACCUCUUAAAAAACUUGAAACAAACCGAUGUAUUCCUUUACCACCGUCUCCAUACACCAAAUCGCCUUCUAUUUAUGCUACCUCUACCUUGAUCGCUAUGUCUCCUUUGUCAACCAUCAGUCGUUAUCAAUACGCCCCUCGUGAAAUGAGAAGACUUUAUCGACGUCUUUUAAAUAAGAUACCUCUGAUAUCACCUCUGCCUGAUGCCAUGUCGUUGUAUGACGCCAACAUCAAGUAUCAAGUCUCUCAAUCUCAAUGGGCUACCAAUACUAUCACUCAUAUUUUGGAUUUGAAGCAUUUACCUCCCAACUUGCAAAAAGAUGAAUGUUAGAAUGAUUGAAAUUAUUUCUUCCUCACUAGAAUAAAAAUGAUCCUCUUUAGUAUUAUAUUCGAAAUCUAUAUUUAUUUAUUUAUCUAUGUAAAAGAGCAUUUUUAUUCAUUUUCAAUGUUAAUCCCAUCAUGUUAAAAC